AUGUUCCCCCCACAGGCCGUCAACCUGAACAUAGAGGCGCUGAGCGGAAUUUGCGGAUCAAUCUCCAUCGCUUGCUGGGUAGUCGUUUUCUCGCCACAAAUCAUUGAGAAUUUCCGACGUGGAUCUGCCGAUGGUCUUUCCCUUCUAUUUCUUAUUGUGUGGCUGGCUGGCGAUGUAUUCAACAUUUUGGGCGCUGUCCUGCAGGGCGUCCUGCCGACCAUGAUUAUCUUGGCUGUCUACUAUACUCUGGCCGACAUUGUUCUCUUAGGGCAAUGCUUCUAUUACAGAGGCUUUGACAUCAGGGAUGAACUUUCUCCUACGCCGCCUUCCGAGUCGGACCCGGUCGCUACUGGUGCGCUGGAAGACCAGGAAGGGGAUGGCGAGACGACACCCACGGCGACUGAGCGCUCAUCGCUCCUGCCCAAGACCAAUGGCCACUCCAAUCUCCAGCAAGCUGCUGGUGGCCAAAGCGAAUAUAACACCCAGAGCGGGCAGCAACCUGUUUCAUCCUCCGCGCGAGAAAGGCGUCAUUCUGCGAGUUCCUUCCGUGAUAUUCUGCACCACCACGUAGAUGGAACGCAUCUAUCGCCAGCGACGCCAUUCAUCGAUUCGAACGACACUUCUACUGCUGCUAUCCGGCGUAGCCGUCGACGCAUUACCACCCUCCAGACAUGCCUCUUCAACCUCACGGCCAUUUUUCUUGUUUGUGCAGCUGGGAUUGUCGGCUGGUACUUUAGCCCUGGCUCUAAAUCCUCUAGCUCUGAGCCAGAGCCACUCACUAUGGACCCGCUUGGCCAGGUCUUUGGAUACCUUUGCGCUGUCCUCUAUCUGGGCUCGCGUCUGCCUCAGCUUCUGCUGAAUUAUCGCCGCAAGUCUACGGACGGCGUGUCCCUUCUUUUCUUCUUGUUCGCUUGCAUAGGUAACCUGACUUACGUCCUCUCUAUCUUCGCAUACUCGCCUGUCUGUCGUGGUGUCUCUUCACUUGUCGAUGGCCCGGAGACGUCUGCCCAUCGUCAUCACGCUCAUUGUCAGCCGGGUGAAGCCGCCGCCUUGUACGGGCGAUACAUUCUGGUCAAUAUGUCCUGGCUUGUUGGAAGCGCCGGCACACUAUUGUUGGACAUGGCAAUUUUCGUGCAGUUCUUCCUUUAUCGCGACGAGAAGGAUUUCGAUUAUGAGCAUGAGGGGGAGGAGUAA